AUGUCGAGAUCAAUGGCAGGGGUCAGGCGGUUGAGGUCAGAUGACCAGAGAUCCCGACGACGUCGACGUCUCCUUCGAAGUACUGCCUCCGGGCCUGCCCCUCAAGUAAGGACCUCGAGUGCAGCUACAAGCAGUCAAGAGGAGUAUGACGAAAGCGAAAGCGAGUCGGAUCAUAUACUAUCAAGCUCAAACGAGCAUUUACCUCACCUUUCACCUACAAUUAGUUCCGAAGGUGGCACAUCAUCGGCUUCAGGCGAGACCUCCAGCAAUGCCUUAUCCAACAGUGACGACGAUGACGAGAAUACUACGGCCUUGGGCAUUGGUACCAACAAUGACAAGGUCUUCACCCCUCCUGCGAACGCUUUUACACACCCUUCCCAAGCCCCGACAGCCCGUCGCAAUACAUCCGUAGAAGCACGACCAUCCUACCUCUCAAGCCGACGCGCCUCCCAAACUCGGCGCACUUCACCACGAAGGCAAAGCGCCAAUUCCUAUACCUCACGUCGAGACCAACAGCAUAGCCCUUACAAUAUGAUUUCCCCCUCCCACCACGCCGAUCAUGACGCCGCCUUGCGCGCCUCUUUAAGCACCCUCCUUUCAUGCGCCGCAGCUGCCCGUGGCUUACCCAAGAAAGAAACCCAGAACACAUCCACUCCUCAUCACCUGAAUCCUACCAACCAGAUGCAACCGUCCUCUUUUCGACUGGUCCCCGAGUCUUCACUCGCCCGCAACACAACAGACACGUCCCCAGCGCGUCCACCCCGCCGUCGCGCUUCCAACACCUCCCUCCGUGAGCCAGACACCAGUAAACGCAAGGCCCAGCCCGCCUCCUCCUCCAAAGAUCGGCGUAACAAGAAGCUACUGCUCUGGCUCUAUGUCGUGGAUCUUAUUCUUGCCGACAAUGGUUCAUUUGAAUUGAGCAACUGGCAUGCCGAUGACGAGGAGGAGGAAGAGGAGGAAUGCGAGUGUCAGCUCUACAUGUGGAAGGAUUCUAGGAGACUGUGA